ACUGCCGUAUUGAAAGAUGGCGGCGCCCAUGUGGAGCAUAUCUGUUCAAAAUUUUGUUCGUGGAAACGAUGACUCUGCGGCGUCAGACAUCAGUCAGUUACUGUUGAAGAAUGAAGCCAAGCUACUGGAGAUUGUGGAGGGAUUAGGGAAGUACCUUACUGACCCUGACACCAGCGUACGUUGUCGAGGAACAAGGCUGUUGGCAGACAUCUUACACCAUCUCACCCCAGACUUCCUACAGGAUAAAGAAGUGGAGUUGCUGGCUGCGUAUCUGUGUGAGAAGCUGACUGAUCAUCACUCCAUCCAACCAUGUGCUCUCAACGGCCUUCUUGCCCUGAGCAAGUGUAGUGAACCACCAGAUGGCGUGGCAGAGAAAAUAUGUCGACAGAUUUUCAAAGAAGUCCAGAAUCAAACUCUGGCGCAGGAAGAUCGGCGAUCUUUGUACAUCCUCCUGUCCAACAUGCUGUACAAGAAGCUGCCAGAGCUGCAGAAGAUGGAGGGGGACUUUGUGUGUGGGUACAUCCAGGCGAUGGAUGCAGAGAGAGACCCCCGCAAUCUCAUCAUCGCCUUCCAGCUUGCCCAGACGGUCAUCAGGAACUUCCCUCUAGGAGUGUUUGUGGAGGAGAUGUUUGAGGUAACUUCCUGUUACUUCCCGAUCGAUUUUAACCCGUCUGCAAAAGACCCAGGCGGUAUUACCCGGGGGGAUCUGAUCAGCGCACUCCGUGGCUGUAUGACAGCCUCCCCCAAGUUCGGACAGUACUGUCUGCCACUCCUCAUAGAGAAAAUCUCCUCCGACAUUCAGAGUGCCAAAAUUGAUUCACUAGAGACCCUUGCCGUGUGCUGUGAUGUGUAUGGGACAGAGUGCGUCAAUGAGUUCACAGGGACUCUGUUGUCGUGUAUCAAGAGAGAGGUGUUCUCUGGUGACUCUGAAGAACUCAUCAAGGCAGCGCUGUCUGCCCUCACAGCCAUAGUGAAAACAUUGUCACUAGGAGUCACUGAGAGGGUGUCCAAAACAUACAUGUCUGAAUUUCUGCAAGAAAUAUUCAAAGAGUGUAAGCGGUACUUGCUAGAGCCCGAUCUUCGCCUGAUCUCGCCCACUUGUAAGCUGCUUCAGUCCGUGGCACAGGCAUCUGACCCUGCAUGCUGGACAGUGCUGACAACCGUCAUUCCAACACUGCUGGAGCAGUACGCCACUCACAACCAGAAUAAUCAGAGAAGGGUUAUCCUGGAUAAUCUGAAGGGUUUCCUGGAGGCCAGUGGAUCGUUCACCUACACUGAUGAAGCUCCCAGCCCACUGAUGGAGUUCAAGGCUCCUGUAGUUGAAGUACUGGCUGCUGCUGUUGAGGAUUCCUCCCCGUCGCUGAGGUUGUCAGCAGUGCAGAUGCAGAGGAUGCUGCUGUCCCUGACGGGGGUUCUGAGUGGAGAUGAGGUGGUGCAGUUGGGACACCAGGUGGUCAAACACCUCCUGUCAGACUCUGACACCAGCAUCAGAGCUGAAUGUGUCUCCACUCUCCAGACCAUCACUUGUCUUAAUGUGGAAGUCAUGAAAAAUAAGAUGCUGCCGCAAAUAAUCUCACAUUUGCAAAAUGAGCCCAUGGAGACCAACGCUCCCUGUACAUUUGUACCGACCAAGGAGUACCUUCUGACAACACUGACGUCGCUGGCUACACACAUCAGUGUCGUGCAGGUCGUUGCUAUGGAGAUCAUGCGCUUCCUCACAAGUCCGACUGACAACCUGUCCCUAGUGUCUGCCAAGUGUCUGAGUGCUCUUGCCCGAGAUCAUCGAUCCCACCAGGAGAUUGUGGCCUAUGUGUAUGAGACAGUGCUGAAGCAGGUGCUCUUGGUGCUUCUCCAGGGAGCAGACGGUCAGGGAGCAGACGGUCAGGGAGCAGACGGUAGGGGAGCAGACGGCUCAGAUGGGGACUGCGGGGGAGUCAGUGAUGAGGUUGUGACAGAGCUUGCCAAAGUCUUCAGAUACACAGUUGGCUCCCUGGACAGAAGGAAAGCUGAGGAGCUGUUGCAGACCGUGUGUGAACUGUUGGUCCGGGGCAACAUGGCUGUGAUACCAAGAGCAGACAUCAAAUCUGACAGCUUCAAACCGCUGCAGCACACGUCUCCUCCUGGUCAGACUCGGCUGGUGGCUGUACUCAUGGCAGUGUUGUGCUCGCUACCCAGGGAGACACAGAUCCCAGAGGUGAUGACACUGCUACAGUCCCUGCUGCAACUGUGUCGCGAGUCGGGGCACAGCUUCACGCAGAUCUGCACAACCAAAUGUUGUGCUGGCCUUGUGAACAAACUCCCAGCAGAUGACAGCCUUGAGUCUUUCAUAAAGAAGACCCGAGACGUACUGACCUGUGACCUUGAACUCUCACCUCCCAAUCCUAGUCGUGAAAAAGCCCUGAAUAUUUGGGUGUGGCUCUCGAAGGCACUUGUACUGCGGGGACACUCUGAGGCCAACAUCUUCAUCCAGAAGUUGAUAUCUCUCCUGGACGACCCUGACCUUGGCGUAUCUGCUGCUAACGGCUUCCUGACGAUUGUGUCUGACCAUGACGAUGUGAUGACCUGCGAGAUGUCAGCCAUUAUCCAGCUAUUCUACAGACAGAAGCUGUUUAUUCAGAAUAUAGCUGUGCUUACAGACAAGUUCAGGUCUGUCAGUAAAGAUGCGAAGUCCUGUUACCUCAUGGCCAUCUCCCACCUGCUGAGGUUCCUGCCUAAACAGGUGCUGCUGGCCGAGGUGAAGGCUCUGAUGCCAAUCAUGAUGCAGUCAUUGUCGUGUGCGGAGCCUGACCUCCUGACCUCAACCUUGACCAAGGUCACCGAGCUCACAAGUGAUGCCCCUGAAAUCAUCACCAAAUAUAUAGACACGCUGGUGCCUCAACUUCUCAAACUGACAACAAAUUCCGCUUCCAUGCGAGUUAGAAUAGCAGCUCUGCAGUGCCUCAACUGCCUGACGGUGCUGCCUAGUCAUGUGACCUUGACCCUCAAGUCAAAGGUCACAAAGUCACUGCAGAGUACACUUGACGACAAGAAGAGACUCGUCAGACGACAAGCUGUCGUCACACGGGGAAACUGGUUUCUGAUUGGAGAACCAGGCAAGUGACCCACCAAGCGAUCCAGUAGACCAAAUCAAGAAUCACCUUAGCAUAUCCCAGAGUGGACAGGAGUAUAACGUGUAUAUCUGUGGAAUAGUGUGUGAGCAUGUGGACAUUAGUACAACUUUACACGGAGCUGAGAAAGAAAUUUGAAUGAACAAUGAUCUGUUGUCGCUGUUCAUCUGUGUGGGGUCUGGCUAUACACCUGUAUGUAUCUGUGUGGGGUCUGGCUAGAUUGUUCUGCAAGACAACAGGCUACAACAGGGUAAACAGCAAGACAAGCUAAACUAAUACUGCGCACAUGACAACAUAUUUAGAUACUUUUUCUAAAAGUAAUAACCUUAAAUGUCAGUUUUUAUGUUAUUCAAGAAUUUUAACAAACAAAUUGUACACAAAGAAAUAAUGACUCAGUAAUAACACAAGAUAGUUGAUGCAGCAUUAUGCAAUAUUCACUCGCAAUCUCAUUAACGUCAGAUGUUUCACCUCCAAUAGUAUACCUCUCUGCAUUCUGAGAUCUGAGGUCACCUGUAUAGAAGGUUGCUUUAAGAGAAUCCUGUCACACCUUCAACUUGUGUUGCAAUGUAACUGAAAGAUGUGUGGACGCUUGAGCAAAACAGAUGUCAGCUCUCUCAAAUGAUUUGUCCUCAUAUCUUUGCCACCUUGAUUUGUAAAUUUCAAGUUAACAAAAGCAAACCCAUCCAGGACAGAACUAUGUAGGGCUGGGACGUGUAACUCGGGUACUCGGGUCGGGUGGGUACUGAGUAGGACCCAGGUACCCACAGGACUACCCGGACCCGUGGUUAGUCACGUGAUAUAUUGUUUAAAGACAAAAAGUAUCUAAAACGCUGUGGUUACACUACAAGUCACUAUUGUUCCCAUUUCUUUCUGACUGUGCACCCAUUCCUUUCCCAAUUUUAUAUAUUGGAAUAAAGAUCAAACUUCAUGCAGUAAACUUCAGUGAAUGCAUGACCAGAUCGUGUUAUACGUGUAUCUAAAUACAUUUUGCCAGGGCAGACUUUUCCUAAUGAGACAUUUUGUACCUGUCUCAUGAGACCUACAGCAGGUACUCGGGUAGGGCCGAGUAAUAGGGGGUUGGGUACCCAGGUAGGGUUGGGUAAUAGGGGGGUGGGUACCCGGGUAGUAGAUUUGGACUCGUCCCAGCCCUAGAACUAUGACUUUGAUACAUGUAGUUCACCAUUUUGAGUGCAGAAGCUAAAAAACAAUAGGAUGUCUAAAAUAUCAACACUAAUGUGCAGCAUCCAUUAUGUAUAUUCUGGAAACAUCGUUCUAGUUCCAUUUCGAGAAACAGAAAUCAGCUAUGCCAGUCUGAAUGCUUUAUACUGAGAAGUUAGAGGCCUUGAUUGGCUGACCAAGUUCCUAUGGAGGUGACCUCGUAUCUUCAUAUCAAAGCAAAAGGUCUGAUUUUAGUGAGAUUGUAUUCACUCACUCACUCACUCAAUCACUCACUCACUCACUCACUCAAUCACUCACUCACUCACUGAUUAUAGUUUAUGCCAGGAUUGUUCUUGUUUAGUUCCCUUUACACAGAUGUGUGUGAAUAUUGUUCCAGGGGCUCCGUGGCCUGUUGUUACCAUGGCAAUAACACACAAGGAGCGCUCCAAUGUCUGCCUGCUGCAUUAUCUGUAGAAUACAAAUACAGUUAGCACCCUACCAUGCUCUGGGGUUUCACUGAAGUGGUAAACAUCUGAGACCUGCAUCACUUCAGGCUUUCCUCCCACAUUAAGCUGACACGCAGUGAUAUAACUUGAAUACUGUAAAAAGCAGACUUAAUUUCUCUGACUUCAACUCACUCCCUCCCUCCAUUGAAUACAGCAUACAGGCUGUGUGUGGUGAUGGUGCGGUUUGCACUAUAGGUGAAGGCUUUACCAUAUUCACAACACUGAAUCGUGUACACAUGGAAGCUGAUAAGGUGAACUGUGAGGCUCUCUAGAUGCUAACAUAUAGGGCCGUUUGAAUCAUUGAACAAAGUCAAUUGUAGCAGGCACCUUUAAUUAAACUGAUAAGAAACAAUAGAAUUUAUUACCUUCCAUUUUCAUAACACUAUCAGAAGUUCAAACAAGGAAAUCUCCAACUGUAUUAGGGGGGCACGGGUGGCCCAGUCGUCCAAGGCGCUGCGAUUCCCUGUGCAGAAACCUUUGAUUGUGGGUUCGAAUCCCGGUUGGCCCCGAUUAUGUUUUUAGGUUUGUCAGCACCAUACCUGUG